GUUUUUCGAAUCAGUUAGUCUUCCCGUUGUUGCCUCCAAAGAGAGGGAAAGGCAGGGCGAGAUAUGAUCAAACUAGCAUGGUUACCCCCCUCCAAGCGUCUCUUGCAGGGCGCAGUAGGGCGGGCUGCAAACUUCUUGACUUGCAGAGGGGGAAAUUUACUAAUGAACAGGAUUCACCUCAGUGUGACUCGGCCAUUUAUAUGCUAAACACGUCGCUCGUUCUCUCAAAGCUGUUUAUGGAUAUAUAGUCGACCUGUGAAAUUUGCUAUUCAGCCUGAUUGAAUAUUGAACAGAUAACAGUGCCGCUAACGCCAGUGACAACUCGGACAUUGACGACAUAGUCGACUGCUGGCCAGUCUGUCUCUCAUGGAACACAUUUCUACCAACUCAAUUGACUAGGCCACAUUUCAUUCCCCUCUGCGGCAAACAUUAUGGCGACGACACGGACGAGCCAUGAAACGAGCGCCUCGAGAUCCUCGAGCUCAUCGAAUUCGUCGAGUGACUCGAAAGAGUGGGAACAGGGUCAUGACUCCUCCGACUCAGAGGCAUCCCAUGCAGACAUUGCAACUCCGGCGAUCGAGACUAUACCAGAGAUCAAUAGCGAGCCAAAGGGAAAGGAAGAACUGGACCUUUCGCUGCAACAGUCGCAACGGGGAUCUUUGACUCGCACCUUAUCUCGGACCAUGUCCAGAGUCCGUACCAAUGCCUCAAGAACGAUACCUCCCGUGUCAGAAGAGGACGAUAUUAUUGCACAAAGAGCAAAUGGAAGGACUGUUGUAGGAUUUGAGCUCGAAGAUCCUGGGUAUCCCGGCAAUUGGUCCAAUAAAUGGAAGCUAGCCAUUGCCCUGGGUGGUAUUUUAAUGACUCUCAACAGUACUCUGGGUUCGGCCAUGCCUUCCGGAGCUAUGAAGUGGAUUGCUUCAGACUUUCAUGUCACUAAUGCCCAGCAAAAGGUUCUACCCAUCUCCACAUAUCUGCUGGGUUAUGUUGUUGGACCUCCGUUUUUAGCUCCUUUUUCUGAGUUCUUCGGCCGACAGCGUGUGCUACUGGUCACUUUUCUUUGGUUUACAGCGUUCACAUUGGGAACUGCUUUGGCGCCCAAUUGGCCUGCAUUUCUCGUUUUUCGAUUCCUGUCCGGUCUAGGAGCCUCGGCCCCCUUGACGCUAGCCGGAGGAGUCUAUGCCGAUUGUUUUCCAAAUCCAGUGUCCAGAGGACGUGUUAUGGCCUAUUUCUCUGCUGGAACCGCUGCAGGCCCCAUGGUUUCUCCAAUCAUUGCUGGAUUUUUAGGCACCGUUUCAUGGAGAUGGGCUUUCUGGGUGGAGCUCAUGUUUGCCGGAUUAACUUUGCCUUUGGUCUUGUUUCUUCCAGAAACGUUCCCGCCGGUCAUUCUACGGAGACGAGCAGCAAAAAUGCGAAAGGAGCAGCACACCGAUGCGAUUGUUGCCCCUAUGGAGCUAGAGGAUAAAAGUCUGGAGAAAACGCUCUUUGUGAAUAUCUUGCGAUCUAUUCAAAUGUUCUUCACUGAACCGAUUGUCUUGUUGGUUUGUCUAUACCUUGCCUACACAUAUGCACUGCUUUAUCUCUUCUUCGAGUCAUUUCCGAUCAUCUAUCAAGGUAUUUAUGGCAUGAAGCCUGGUAUUGCCGGUCUUGCCUACCUCCCGAUUUUAAUCGGAGCCUGCUUUGCCAUUUUUAUUGUCUAUUACUGGGACGGUCAUGUCGAGAAGAGGCGAAAGCUUCAUCCCGAUCAGGAGGUUUCUAUUGAAUAUCGACGUCUUCCCCUUGGUUGCCUUGGUGGCCCUUGCUUGGUCAUUUCCAUGUUCUGGAUUGGCUGGGCAUCCAAGAAGUCCGUUCAUUGGAUGGCACCCAUUGUUGGUGGCUUUCCUUUCGGAGUCGGUCUCACGACCAUUUUUAUCUCUCAACUUAAUUACCUGGGUGAUACCUAUGAGAUUUUUAAUGCUUCAGCUUUAGCCGCUUCGAACUGGUCUCGAUCGCUUUGUGGCGCGCUUCUCCCCCUCGCUGCUGCACCCAUGUACGGCACCUUGGGUGUUGACUGGGCAAGUAGCCUUCUGGGGUUUUCGGGCAUUGCUCUUUCCGCUAUUCCAUUUAUUUUCAUGAAAAUCGGCCCAAGAGUGCGUGCUCAGAGCCCUUUCUGUCAGUAUUUGGCGGAAAAGAGGGCGGCAGAACAGCGCAAGGAAAAGAUUCGAAUCGAGAAUGCCAAGCAUGAAAUUGCCCUCGAUAACAACCUCUCCUAGGAUGUCGUUUCGAGAGCGCCCGAUCCUUGUAUCAUUUGACAGCUUCAUGGACUAUUCUGAUAAUUCGACGACAUUUGCAUUCAUAGCGACGGCGUUAUCAUGGUUUCAUUAUGUUCAGACGGGCAACAGAAUAUUUCUCGGUCUGGCCUGCAUCGGGACGGCGCAGGGGCAAGUAAAAAGGUCGAUUCAUUUCAAAACUCGGUCUACACAAUCUAGAUUUUCAUUAUUUAAUGCUCCUUUACAAAUUAAUAAUAAUCAUAUCCCUGAG